GACGUGUCCGCGCCGCGGCCCGCCCGGGACGGGACAGCGGGGGACGAGGGGCGGCGGGGAGAGAGCGCCGGCAGCAACCCGCCGGGCAGCGCCCCGACAUGUUCAACGUGGAGAGCCUGGAGCGGGCCGAGCUCGGCGAGAGCCUCCUCACCUGGAUUCAGACAUUUAACGUUGAGGCACCAUGCCAGACUGUGGAAGAUUUAACGAGUGGGGUUGUGAUGGCCCAGGUUCUUCAGAAAAUAGAUCCAGUGUACUUUGAUGAAAACUGGUUAAACAGGAUCAAAACAGAAGUAGGAGAUAAUUGGAGGCUAAAGGUAAGCAACCUGAAGAAAAUUUUAAAAGGGAUAUUGGAUUACAACCAUGAGAUUCUAGGGCAACAGAUAAAUGACUUCACCCUUCCUGACGUUAACUUGAUUGGAGAGCAUGCUGAUGCUGCGGAGCUUGGAAGAAUGCUUCAGCUUAUUCUGGGAUGCGCUGUGAACUGUGAACAGAAACAAGAGUACAUCCAGACCAUAAUGAUGAUGGAAGAAUCAGUUCAACAUAUGGUCAUGGCAGCGAUUCAAGAGUUGAUGAGUAAAGAGUCUCCUGUCUCUGUUGGAAAUGAUGCUUACGUUGACCUUGAUCGGCAGCUGAAGAAAACUACAGAAGAAUUGAAUGAAGCACUGUCAACAAAAGAAGAAAUUGCUCAAAGAUGUCAUGAGUUAGAUAUGCAGGUUGCAGCCCUUCAGGAGGAGAAGAGCAGCUUGCUUGCUGAGAACCAGAUUUUGAUGGAACGUUUAAAUCAGUCUGACUCUAUUGAAGAUCCCAACAGCCCUGCUGGUCGUAGGCACUUGCAACUGCAGACACAACUAGAACAACUCCAAGAGGAAACAUUCAGGUUAGAAGCAGCCAAAGAUGACUAUAGAAUACGCUGUGAAGAACUGGAGAAGGAGAUUGCUGAAUUGAGACAACAGACAGAAGAGCUUACUGCGUUGGCAGAGGAAGCUCAGUCUCUGAAGGAUGAGAUAGAUGUACUGAGGCAUUCUUCUGAUAAAGUAGCCAAAUUAGAAAGCCAAGUGGAGUCUUACAAGAAAAAAUUAGAAGACCUGGGUGAUUUACGUCGGCAAGUGAAACUCUUAGAAGAAAAGAAUACAAUGUACAUGCAAAAUACUGUAAGCCUGGAAGAAGAGCUAAGGAAGGCCAAUGCAGCACGCAGUCAGCUGGAGACGUAUAAGAGACAGGCAGUUGAACUACAAAACAGGUUAUCUGAAGAAUCCAAGAAAGCUGAUAAAUUAGAUUAUGAAUGCAAACGGCUGAAAGAAAAAGUAGACAGCCUCCAAAAAGAAAAAGAUAGAUUAAGAACAGAAAGGGAUUCUUUGAAAGAAACUAUUGAAGAACUCAGGUGUGUACAAGCACAGGAGGGUCAACUCACCACUACAGGAUUGAUGCCCCUAGGAAGACAAGAACCUUCAGACAGUUUAGCAGCAGAAAUUGUUACUCCUGAAAUAAAGGAAAAACUCAUUCGUCUUCAGCAUGAGAACAAGAUUUUAAAGUUGAACCAAGAAGGUUCUGACAACGAGAAGAUCGCCUUGUUGCAGAGCCUUCUUGAUGAUGCAAAUUUACGGAAAAAUGAAUUGGAGACAGAGAACAGAUUGGUAAAUCAGAGGCUUCUUGAAGUGCAGUCCCAGGUUGAAGAACUACAAAAAUCUUUGCAAGAUCAAGAUUCAAAAGCUGAAGAUUCAGUUCUUCUGAAAAAGAAACUUGAAGAACAUCUUGAGAAGCUCCAUGAGGCUAAUAAUGAGCUACAGAAGAAACGAGCGAUUAUUGAGGAUUUGGAACCGAGAUGCAAUAACAGUUCACUCAAAAUUGAAGAAUUACAAGAAGCUUUACGGAAGAAGGAGGAGGAAAUGAAGCAAAUGGAAGAGCGUUACAAAAAGUAUUUGGAAAAGGCCAAAAGUGUCAUCCGUACCUUAGAUCCGAAGCAAAACCAAGGUGCAGCUCCUGAGAUUCAGGCUCUGAAAAAUCAGUUGCAGGAACGGGAUAGAAUGUUUCAUUCACUGGAGAAAGAGUAUGAAAAAACAAAAAAUCAAAGAGAAAUGGAGGAGAAAUUUAUUGUUAGUGCCUGGUACAAUAUGGGGAUGACUCUGCAUAAAAAAGCAGCAGAAGACAGGCUGGCUAGUACAGGCUCAGGACAGUCCUUCCUGGCUAGACAAAGGCAAGCCACGAGCACAAGGAGAUCAUACCCUGGUCAUGUCCAGCCAGCAACUGCAAGGUAGAGAAGCCUAGACCCUAGAAAGAAAAUUGUCCUGUGAUUCAGGCCACUUCUAUUGCAAAUGACAACAUUCAAGGAAAAGGAACCAGCAUUUUUUCUCUCUUUCCUGUGUUACCACCCUUAUUUUACAGUUCAGGAAAGGAUUUUAUUAUGAUUUCUCAUUGUUCUAUAAAGCCCUUUACUUAUACUUUUGGGAGUCCAUCUCUCUCUUUGUCUCUCUCUCUCUGCAUUUUUCUGAAUGUGCCAAAGUUUUGAAAACAUCUAGCCGUACAAUAACGGAACCUCGUAAGUUUAUAUGAAGCCUGGUCUAUUAUGAAAAGCCUCCUAUGGGUUGUCUAACAGUGUACAUUUCCUGUCACAGUUAAUAUAUUUGUGCCUACAAGAGUUGUCACACUUUACAAGGCUGCCUUUGUUUAAAAGAAAUUAGACCUUUAAAAGUGUGCUAACCAGUUGCUUCAAAGAAGACUGAAAACUCGUAACAGGAAUGCAAAAUUAGUAUAUAGUAUUAUUGUAAAAUAUGUUUGCAUCUGAAAGACUUACUGGCAACAAAAAUUACCUUUUAAAAUUUUUUUUAAUUUUUGAUCUCUUAUAUAUAAGUUUCCUCUUGUUCUUGGUGUUGAGUAGGGAAGCAGGAUGUUUUUUUUUUUUUAAGGUUUUUUUAAUUCACUAGUGUUAUCUAUUUGCUGGCAGAACUGAAUAUUUUCAAAUAGUUUGUCACAUUCUUCUUGAUCAGUUAUAUGCAUAAUACGUAGUAUUAAAAAAACUGAAAGAUAUUUGAAGUGCUUUAAUAUGCUACUGCAUCUUCCAUUUUAAAAAAAGGCAUUUUUAUUAAAAUUUUACUGCUUUGGACUUGCAGUACCUAAUGGAUCAAGGCCUAAGUUAAUGUUGUUGAUGUUACUGUAUUUCACUUGUCAUCCCCUGCUAAGCAACUUGCUUUUAAUAUGUUGAUUCAGGGUAUAAUUGUAUCUGUUGCCUUACUAAUGGUACCAGUGCCUUCAGGUGAGCAUGUUGCUGACUUUGCUGAAAGCUGGCUGUGUUUUGCUACCUUCUUAGCGUGUAGCUGGUUGAUCAUAUGUUACUGUUACCUUCAUAUUGAUCAGUCAGGUGGAUGGUGGCUCCUAUUAUUAAUUUAGGCCCUGAUCCUACAAAGUUCUUCUUCUUCCUUGAGUGAUUCUGUGCUCCUGCUAUCGUUUUUUUUUCCAAAGAAUGGUCAGACACAAAAGACCUGAGUAUUGAUGGAAGCUUUUGUGUAGUACAUCUUAUUUUAAACAUUUAUAAUUUAGGGACUGUUUGUAGCCUAAUGCCACACGCAGUCCAGUUUCUAUAUUUAUUCUUUUAGCUUAUUUUAAUGCCCUUCCCAAUGGAGACAUUUUUUCAUAAAUACCCAUACUACAAUUCAUUGAGCAUCUGAAGCACUGUAUUAAUUCACAAGAUAGACGGUGUGGGCAAAGCAUCAUUAAACAAGCACACCUGGAUUAAAGGGCAAGGAACAGGUGAAUGACACUUGUAGGUACUCUUUUAUCCUCAAGUACAUCAUCUGUUUUAAUCUAAGCUUAGAACACUUUCAGUAUGUAUCUGAAAAAGCUUCAGCUCUGAUCUUUUUCUGCAGUCAUACCAAAAGCAUAGGAAGUCUGUUCUCUGCAUAUAGAUUUGUCUUCUAUGCUUCACGUUUGGACAAAAAUUUAAUUUUCUAAAAAUUCUCUUUAUUAGUUCAACAUAAGAGAAAUCUGGGCUAUACUUGCAGGAUAAAGCUGAGACAGCAAAGGUAUGUUCGUGUGUGCAGAAAAGUAACGAUGUAAAGGCAGUUUAGGACAAUUUCUGUCCUUUUGUGUCUCUUACUGAGAUGCUGAAUGCUAGCAGGACAAAAAAGUCUUAGGUAAAUCAUGAAAUCGUAGGUAUUAAAGUGACCACUGUUUGUGUGAAGUCUUUUACUGAUCUUUUUUUCGUGCAAUCCAUUGUAGUCAUCUGAAGAACUUCUUUCUGUCUGGAACUUCUUACUUGUCUCCUGUGUGAACAGGAGUAAAGUGAGUUUUUUGUUCUUGUUUGAGAGUGCAGCUUCCUAGAGGAAGAACAUAAAAAUAGCUAAAACUCCAUCUUUAUUUUAAUGUUAUCAAACUGCCAAAGCAAACUUGUGAAAGAAAGAAAUACCGUGACCUUAGUGGGAAGUGUUAUCUUAUAAAUUUGUCUAAAAAAUCCAUUUGUUGUUGCUAUUAAUUAGAUGCAUGCCCACCAUAACUUAAAUGCAGUCUGUGCACUAAAAUAAAACUACUUGCUUUUAUUAUUCUAACUUCUAUUUUACCACUUUGCCCCCAAAGUUCUGAUGACAGACAGAUGCCUCUGAUGGCUGGGAGAUGGCAGAGCUUCUGACCAGUAUUUGUACUUUAGCUUUUAGUCAUGGCUUCUUUCCUCUCUUCACGGUUGCUAGCUUAUUUUUCUAUUCUGGAGGAGUCUCCUCUUUUUGACUGGGCUUUCCUUUUCCCAUAAAAUGAUAUGUUGAAAACACACUGAAGUGUGUAUUCAACAGAACUUGCAUUAAGUAGGUAUACUUCUGAAGAUAAUUUCUUUCUAUCCUGUUCCAUUAAGUUAUUUGUUCAGUCUUUUAAUGGUCAUCAGUAGAAAUUCAAUUCUUUGUUCUUUAGCAUUUUCCUUUUAUUGUUUAUUGCAUACAUCAAUUCUUGAUCAUUGAAUGUGGAUGGUUCUUAAGAAAUAUUGCUGGUUAUGUAGCUUUGGAAGUAGUGUGCUAUUAAAAAAAUAAGGGCUCAGAGUGUGACUCGAGGGAGAAAGCACCUGUGCAGAAGAGCUAGCAGUGAAUGCUGUCUCAUAUGAUCAGUGGAAGAAUAUAGGAGGAAAAAAAAAAAAAAGGACUUGUCUUAGUACAAUAUAUACUUCUAAGAAACUUCUAGGAAGAUUUGUUUGGAGGCAGCAGACUACUGGCAUCAAAACUGUAGUGAUAAUUGUUAAAACAACAUCAUAGGCUGUCCUGAUAUAUUACAGAAGCAAACAACAACAAAAAAACCCUGUCUAAUUACAGGGUGGCCUUAAAGCAUAAGGGUUCUCCAGGACAGUGGUAAAGCAGCUGAAGAAUUCCUAAGAAUACAUUCCCAUGUACUGUGCUGAGGAUAUGACAUAAUUGUCUUCUUGGGACAUUUCAAUUUCAUAAAAGGAUAUCAAUUAAAUGCACAAAGAUAUCUUUGUUUGGAGUUGAAGCGUAGUUUCUCGUAAAGAAUGUGUGCAGUUUGGUUUCUACACUUCCGUGUUAAGUUGUUAGCAUAAAUGAACAGACAUUUAAAAAAAAAAAAAAAGCAUUCACAUUGCUCAGGUUUCUUACAGCACCACUUAACCAUUGAAUCGUAACGUGUUUUCCCAGUGCAGUGAUAACUGGAGUAAUCUAACGUAAGGGUUGUGAGUCCCACCCUCAGUGCAAAGGGAAAUGAACUGUCAGAGCACACAGCUGUAUAUUUUAUUUAAAUGAAUCAAAUACCAUCUUGGCUACAAGCUGUUUUUCAAUAUCUCUUUGGAAAUAAGCAAAUGAUAAUCUUGUGAUGUUCUGAUGAUGGUAGUAACAGCUCUGCAAGUGCUUUAUGGCUUUUUUUUUCAUGUAAGCAGCUCACCAUCGGUUUUUUCAUUGCGUAUGAAAGAAUUAACAAUUGAGAAUUCAUACUGCUGCUUUAUGAUCAUCUCACCAGAACGUGCUGUCUGCAGGCUGUCAAGAAAAUUUAAGAGGAUCCGUCAGUUUUAAAGCCCUUGAUAUUUUGACAGGUGCAAGUAGCUCUUGCUUUUCCUCAGUUCUCUACUGUAUUAGACUAUCCACUUCAUAGCUUCCUGGAUGAUUUUUAGUGCAUUUAGUUAUCCUGAUACGUUGACAUUUUCUGUAGAUACGAUAAUUGGAAAACAUUUUAAUUUCACCACUUGAUUUUAUUCUGGUUAGUGAUUGACUGAAGACAGUCCUGAGUGUGGCUUUUUUUUUUUUUUUAACUCUGAUGAAACAGAAAGGUUACUGAAUUUUACUCUUUUUUUUUUUUUAAGAGAUUUUUUCUCUUCCUGGACAUUUUGUCAUUUUGCAAGGAUUGAUGAGGGAGCUAUUUUUGCACUCAAAGUCAGAUCUAUAAUGCUGACUUCUUGUGGGUUUUUGCACAUGUGUUUUAUGUAGAAUGUGUGGACUCUUGUUUUGCAGUAAUACGAUGCUGGUAAGCUUUACCAUCUCCAAAACAAGGUUAGCAAAUUUUGCAGGCAUUUUCCUCACCUGUGUUGUGCAGAUAAAUAGCUAGAAGAUUAGGUUCCUUUGACAGGAAAGCUCUUAAGUGAUGCAAAGCAAGUAGUCGUAUUUCAGGGGCCUGCAGAAUAGUUUGAAAGCUAGAUUGUGAUUGAUAUGUGAUCUCAGGAAAUCACAUGCUUACGAGGAAAACCUCUUCGGAAGUCCUUGCUUAGAUCAACAGUUAACUGAUGCUGGCAGUUAUGAUAUGCUUAGUGUUCUGUUAAAAUGGAGAGGUGGGUCAUUAUAAACGUAACAGUUUGAAUGUAAAGAUGGCAUAGGCAUGAAAUUUGAUGAAGUUGUGAGCCACAAAAAACUGCAUGCAUCCUGGACACAUCCCCUCCCAAGUAAGAGCAAUCUAACUCUCUUCUGUAUUGGCAAGGAUGUUGCUUCCCUACUUUGUACCUUUCGUCAGGAGAAAGAAGCAGACUCACAAUACUGCACGUGCUGGUGUAGGAGCAACAUAUGGCAAGGAGUGAGUCUUAGUUGCAAGCCGGACCGUUUAUCUGAGGGCACAGCUGAAGGAAGUUGCCAAGCUCUGUGUAGAAUCCUAUCUACAGCACAGGCUGGUAACUUUGAAGGAAUUGAGGAAACUGCAUGGCAUGACUGAUUUUGUUACUUUGCUCCUGUGAUGUUCCUUCCCUCUGGAAGCUCAAAGAGCAGUAGCCUGUUAAUAGCUGUGCGGGCCGCUAGUAAAAACAGGAGUUGAUUUCCGUGGUUUGAAGGUGGAGGUGGCAGAUGCAAACAACUGUUAGGUACAAAAAUCUGAAGAGCAACAUGUCUUCCAUAGUUUUGCUUUAUGGUGGUAGUUUAAAAGUAAAGAAGUGGAACCUGAGCCUUUGGAGCUACCUCUUCAUUUUUCUAAUUAAUUUUGAAUCGCAGUUGAUUUAAGUAUUGGAGGCUUUCCUUAUUUAAAAUAGAAGCUGUGAUUAUCAAACACAGCCACCUCAGACUUCUUUCAUCUGGAAUAGCAAAUUCCUGUAGAUUUUCUCAGCUGACAAUCUUACUGCAGUGUUUGGAGAUUGUGAUGACUUGUUCUCUGUUUCUGCUUGACUCUGCUUUAGUGAAUUCACUGAAAUAUUUGGCUACAAAGAUGAUUUUUAAAAUAUAUCAGCUCAUUAAAUGAAUUUGAUACGUGAACUUGCUGAUGAAUGUAGAUUGAAAAUGAAUGAAUGACUGUAGAUAGAGAAGCCAUAGAAAACAUGGCAGAUGAAACAGUCCCAUAGGAUGUUGUAUACCAACACCUGGCAGUAUAGCCAAACCCAAACGAGUUAUUCUGGUUUGAUAUUUUAGGUAGUGGGUCAGUAGGAGCUUAUGGUAAAUGCUGUGAUGGAAGUCCUCAUCCAGCAGUUGUUAGUGAAUGAUUCCGCCAUUGACUUCAUUAUAGUCCAUGUUCUGAUCUUUGCUUUUAGACCUUACCAAAGUAAUGGGAUUGUCCUGAAGUAGAUCCCUGCAUUAGUUGGUUUUGAUGGCAAACCAAGGAUUUCUAUGGGUGCUGUUCGCUGUGUAUAUACAACAUAAUUUUGAAAACUGUGAGCUUGUCCUUCAGUCUCCGUAGCACUGCGUGUUGAUUUCAGACUGAAACCUGUUCCUUCUGUCAGAUAAAAUUUUCUUGUUGCUGUUGGGUCUCAGAGAAUGAGCCAUAUUACAUGAUUAGCAAUUAACAUUGCUAGAAGGGGGUAAGUUGGGACAACGUUGCUAGGACAGUUGGAACUGUAUUUCCUGUUGGUGACUCUGUUCAUUGCUUCACACUAGAGAUGUUCUUCACUAUCAGAUGAUGUUAGAGUCUCUCAUUUCAGAACAAGCAAAAUGGUUAUUUUUCAGCACUUUGAAGUGCUGUUAACUGCUGUAGCGUAGCACAAAUCGAAAUACUGCAAGAUCUAGUCUUUCCAUUGGUGUAAGCAUUGUUCUCCAAACAGAACUUGAAUCACUGAAGAUUAUCCCUAACCUCAAGUGAUAAGAAAGUCAACACAAAGGCCAUUUGUUAGCUUGUUUUAAGCUUGCAUUAUAAGCAUGGUCAUGAAAAUGAGCGGAAUUUUAAAAGAAAAUCCCAGAUGGAGUAAUAUAAAGAGUUAUAGUUGUGAUAAAACCAUUAGACUUUUCCAUUAGGAUUUGAAUAAAACAUUCCUUAUGUAAUACAGAUUUUAUAAAGCAUAGAUUUUAGUUCUUAGUCAUCAAAGGUUAGUAACCAGGAGAAUAAACCUAUUUCUUGAGAGUAUGAGUGGUUUUGAGAGAGAUCUUAAGGUUUGUAUUUAGCAGUACCAGUAAAAUCUUUGAAUAGUGAUAAACAUGACAUUAUAAUGCCAUUCAUGUCUUAGAUUUUAUAGUCCACUUUGUAUUCUGUAGUUGUAGGAAUUAGAAGAAUGUGAAGUGGUAUUGACAUGACUCUGGAAGAUGAUAUGAGGAGAGGCUCGUUUAAAAAGUCUAGAGGAAAAUGACAUGGAGAAAAUGUAGAAAGAAUACCUGUAGGAAGAAAAAGAAACCUUAGUUGUAGAAACCAGUAAGUAACAUUAAGAAAUCUACAGAAAGAGAAAUCUAGGGGCAGUUAACUUAAAGUAGAUGCUUGGCAGAAAUAUUUGGAAAGAGUCUAGUGUUAGACCUCGAAGUAAAGGUGCCAUGUUCUUCUUCUUACUUUGAUGACUGUACUACAAAAUAGUGGUUGCAGUCAGCAAGUUGGCUAGGAGGCCUGAUCCCUCUUAAGACUAAGACUCCAAACGUACACUGAAUAGGAGAAAACAUGGUUGCUUUGAAAUAAGAUACGGUUGGGUUUUUUCGGAUCACAUUUGCUUUGUUUGAGCAGUAUUGUUAGGGAAGCGUGUUGAUAUGUGCCUCCAGAGCUGGCUGGUGGAAAGGGGAAGCUCCUGUCCUUUCUGAGGCUGUAGUGCACUGGAGUCAUCCCAGCAACUAGAAGAAACACAGGAUGACAGAGAAGUUAAGGAGGUUCUAAGGUAGUGUUUGACCACAUGUAAUGAAGUAGAGCUAAUCAGUUCUCAUGCUGAAUGCUGAAGGGAAGUGUCCCUCUGAGAAAUACCCCACCAAGAUAAUAGUUAGCCAUCAGUUAUUUCUAACUGGAAUAUUUUGGACUGCCAAGAAAAUUAAUGUCACUCCUCUGCAGGCAGGUCAUCUGCAAAAUAAUCUGACCUGGUCUGGAGAUGAUGCAGAAGAAACAACGGGUUAUGUUAAGGGAAUUUACUAUUACAUUUCACAUUUGUCAUCUUAUGAAGUGUUACUGCCUUCACAGGUAGAUUGAUUGCAUUGAUUGUAGUAUUGAUUCAUCUUCAGAGGUACUCGAAGACACAAAGAAAUCAACAGGCAGUUAUUUGAGAACAAUGUAAGAACUGUUUGUUUGAAAAGGGCACUCAGAUGAAUCAGAGGAUUUGAUACAUCCUUGAAAGAUAAUAUACUGCCCAAAGUUGGUAAGAUCUCUUUAGAAGUACUAGGGUCCCAAAGAAAAACCUGUGGUGUCACGUUUAUGUACAACAGGACACCCGAAGCAUUGCUUAACAGUAAGUCUGAACGAUGUACAGGAGAUGCUCCUAAAGUAAUGCCUCCUAUUUUACGAGUAUUAUUAUAAUCUUCCUAUCUGUUGUCACUUUUGUGAAAAUAAAUAGGGGGCAUUACUUUUGGAGCAACCCACAUAAUAGGGGAAUUAUAAAAAGUAGAUUACGCUGAUAUAUACAUAAUAGAAUAGAUGUGUUCUUAGGUAGGAUGAACUUCUCUUUUUCUAUUGACUAACUACAGCAAUAUUCAUGUAGUUAAUCCUGAACUCUGUAACUUUCUGCACUCAGCCAGGCAGUGCAAAGCUAGCAUAACUGCACAUCUCCAGCAGACAGUAAUCACUCCAAUAUACACUCAAGGUCUGCUUUGAAUGUGCUCUUUUAAAGGAUUUUCUAAUUUUUUUCCAUUUGAUUUCUGUAUGUAUCUUUGUUUUUCAACUAUAGUGAGUGUUCUGGGUUUGUGGAUGAGAAGGAAAAAUGAGAGAUUUACAGGCUGCAGCACUUGCAGCUGAAGGGCAGGUUUGUUUGUUUGUUUGUUUUCUUCAGCAAGUCCUUGCAUUUAGUUAUAAACAUUCUUCAUUCUGGGUUUUCCUGUCACAGGAACUGUCCUUAAACCAUGCUUGACCCCAUGCAGUUCUAGAGUGAAAGAAGAAAGGAGAGCAACAGUUUGCACAGCAUGAUUUCAGUUUGGUGGAGAUACUUUUCUCUUUGUUAUCAUCACCAUGAGUGAAAAUGAGAAGGGGCAGUUACUGCUGUGCCGUGCUGUGUUACAGGGGCAAUCUGAAAACACAGUAGCCAUGGUGGUAAAGUUAUCCCACCUCUCCAGUUCAGUUGCCAUGAGGAAGAGUUAUCAGCAAGGAUAGAGCAAUGUGCCAACCCAUCUGGUUGUUCUUCAGACUUAGUUUCAUUUACACAGUACUGUGAUGUGCUCUUAGUGCUGCUCAGUGGCACCUACUCCGUGUAUUUUAACAAGAAUACCUACCUUUUUCUUGUUAUUAAAACCUGGUUUUGCGUGCAAUUAAUGGAAGUUGCUAGUGUAAGAUGGCACUGAUGCUGUUUUAUCAUCAUGCACAGGAUUAGCUUUAAUAAACAUUUAAAGCAUUCAUUGGUGGUCAGAGCUUGAAGGCUCAGGCAGAAGCGUUCUGUCCCUGAUCGUGUUUUAGUAGUGACUGUGCACAGCAUUGGACAGGCAACUUUCACUUUAUAUUGUGCUGUGUUUUUUCAGCUAGUUAUACUCAUGAGCAGCAGGAAUGCCAGAAGAACCUGCUUAGUUUCCAUAGCUGUGUUAGUUGAGAAUGGUGCCCUGGAGGACUUCACUCAAAAAGGUCCAAAUUUUACUGAACUGUGUCUAAAUUUAGGUUUUGUUCAAAGCUGUCUUGUCUCUCUUUCCAAUUUUGACAUAUAAUCUUCCUGCUAAUUUAAGAGUUGCUCUGGCAAAGGUGUUUGCCCCGUGAAUUUGCACAGCUGUAAGGAGAGGCAGCCUUUCUGAGCUACUUUACAAAUGCCUGUUCUGUUCUCUGUUGUCUGGUUUUGGUUUUUUUUUGUGAUGGUAAUGUGUUAUCUGCUUUUUAACUUUCUUCUUUAUUCUUUUAUUUGCAGUGAUGUGGUUGCAUGACCUGCAGCAUUAUUAUAACAGGGACUGUUCAGUGCAUGACUUGCUUUUCUGUCCAGACUGCAUAACCAAAACUUAACCAGUUCUACACUUACGGGCAUCUGAUUUCAAAGGGAGAUCUACUUGCAGAGGAGCUUGCCAUCUUGGGGAGUGGCUUUCCCAUUUCCCGCUUCCAUUUACUCUUUCUCUUCACACAAAGUCUCCUGUGGGGCUAACAGAGCGGAAAUCCAGUAUUCAGAACUCUACAGGAGGCGUUCUGCAAACUGACAGGGCACUGUCAGCUCUACAUUUACUUCUGUCUGUCCAUUUAAUUCUGAUUGAUUAACAGCAUUAACACACAGACUUCCUGCAACAUUUGCAUAUUCUGAACUAUAAAAGUCUAGUCUUAACGAGUUCCUAAGAAUGCCUUUUGGUGACUCUUAAAACUUUAAAGCACCUGCACCCUUAAAGGAUAUACCUUGAAUCUUUAAAUAAAUCAAAAGUGAAGCCAAGGAGGUGUGUUACCAGGAGGAGCGGCUGCUUGGCCAGCCCAUCUUCCUUAGGAAGCCGAGCAAGGUUCAGCAGAUAAACUCUGAGACAGGCAAACGACUGUGCAGUCCUUCGUUCACAGACACUGCCUGCUUCCUUACGAUGUAUAUACACAGUAGAUUGUGGCUGUUGUAUUUUUCUCUAUCUAUUUUAGCUGUGUCGUCUGUUUCUUUCAGAAACUUUAUUUCCACUCUGUGUACAAUUGUUAAACAAUCCAAGGAAAGUACGUGAAUGGGGAUAAACACGAAAGCUGGCCACACUUUCAGUAUUAUGCAGAUUGUCCUUGACAGUUUAUAAUUUGGGUUGUUUAUGUUUUACCUGUACUAUUCUUUUCCUCUCGUUAUUGCAGUCUUAGCUAUUUCAUUUCCAAUUGCACUAGUUUGGCUGUUUCUUUGUAUUACGAAGUUUAGCUAUAAGAUUUUUGCAAUAUUUAGACAGUAUAACUCAAAAGUGCUUCGUGCUGCCUUUAUUAAUUUUUAAAAGCUGCUUAUUUAAUAUUUUUAAAUAUCUGCACAUUUGUACUACUGUAUCUUCGUUCCGUGCUGGACGCCCAGUACUGGCAAGAUCCAGAAGGCAAGGGAGUACUGUCGUGGUGUAAGUUAGGGUGUUUGUUGUGUAGCAGUUAGCAUGUAACAGGCCGGAUGAGGCCGCAGGGCCCUCCACAACAUCUGAAAAGAAUCCGAACGAAGGAAACCCUGAGUUUGUUCGGUUGAAGUCCAGUUCUUGAGAAACCCCAUUCUUGCUCACUUGGAUCUUAAUCCCGCAAAAAUAUAUGCAUGUGCUUACUCCAGGAAUAGUUUUGCUUAUUCAGGCAGUAGUGUAUCGGUGAGCCCUGUUUUCCACCUGAGCACCCCUGUAUUGGAGGCAUGGUGUGUCCGUCGGUCCCCGCAGGCACCUGGGGCCUUGAAAGGCUGCGCCCUCGUGCUGGGACACCUGAGGUGCUCGGCUCGCACAGAGCCCUGUUCUGGGACACCUGAGGUGCUCGGCCCUCAGGCACUGUGCCCCCUGCAGCAGAGAUGUUGUGCCAGGCGAGCUGGAGAACAGGCAGAGCCUGUCCCCGCGCCACCUCAGCAGGGAAGGGCAGGUUGGGCUGCAACAGGCCCUGUGGGAGUCUGAGGGCCAGCGUGAGGAUCCCAGUGAGAAGCGUGUGCCGGGUUCCCUCCUGGACACUGUGCCAGACACCAUAGCAGACCGGGAGCCUGCGGCUGACAGCCCAGCAGGACUCCCACAUGGGGAUAUGUCUUUCCUGGUCCACCAGGACCUGGGGCAGUGACGUCCGAUGUGAGACCUGCGGGACAGAUCAGGGCCGUGACGUGUCACACGUUCCUGCAGCAGUGCCAGCGGCACUUCCAUCGGACUGAGCCUAGCAGAGCUAAGGGGUUUUCAUCUCUCCAGGUCCUAGCCAUCGAUCCCUCGUUCUGUGUCAGGGCAAGCUUUAUAGAAAACCCUCCUUUCUGUUGUGUGUGAGGCAUAGUUUGUUUCCCAUCGCCAGCGCAGCUUCUGUUGGGCACGCCCUUCUCCAGGCCGAGCUGGGUGCGGGGCCAGGGCGGCCCUGCGCGGGGUGUGCGGGGAUAGCUGUUUGUCACACCUGCCUGCAAGGGCGUCCCAAGCUGAAGCUGAGCUGUACCUCAUUUCUCCAUGUGGUCUGUGCAGUUAGAAACUACAUAUCAGUUGUUCUUGAGCCUGAAGACAUUUAUAUGUAACUGUGUUUAGCUUGACAAAGCGUGUUUGAGUUCACCGAAGCAGCGGCGAGGCGUGCAGAGAGGUGGCUCUCAGCGUCCAGCUGGCUGCCUGGGUCAGAGCAGUGCCACAUCUCUGCCGUGACUGCAAGCCCGCGGCUCAGAGGUGACCUCCAGCACGUCUCUGGUGUACUAACUUCAUUUAUGCUGUGUAGAAACUCUUCCACUUCCUUCAUAGCAGCUUGUUUGACAGUCCCAAAUUAAGUGUUGACCAAUUAUCAAAGUAACUGUUUGUGAAGUUGACAGUGAUAUAUUUUCUGUAAAGUAAUGGAUUUAUAGAGUGUCAAAACAUGAAAACUUCCCAUUUCGGUUCAUCUAUGAGUUGUGUAACUACCAGAUUGUCAUGGUAGCAGUAUUAAUAUACAUAUCUGUACAUAGACAAAAAAAUACCCGGUAAUGGUCAUUAGAAUCAAAAGGUUUAAUAUUUUUUCCCAGUCAAAUACACUAAUGCUUCCAAGGUUACAGAAGAGUGUACAGUUGUUAAACAAGUUGUAAAUAAAGGCUUAUAUAAAAUAAAA